GGAUGGUAAGCGGAGGAAUCUCCUGCCCCGGUCUAAAGUGAUCAGUGGAAACUGUUUGAAUGGAAAGGGCUGAAGAUGGAGCUUCCAAAUUACGCCCAGCAGCUUCUGCUUCAGCUCAACCAGCAGCGCUCCAAGGGCCUCCUGUGUGACGUCAUCAUUUUGGUGGAAAACUCGCUCUUCAGAGCGCAUAAAAGUGUCCUCGCUGCCAGCAGCAACUACUUCAAGUCGCUUGUCCUUCACGACAACCUCAUCAGUCUGGAUACAGAGAUGGUGGAGCCGGCUGUAUUCCAACACACGCUGGACUUUAUUUAUACAGGCAGGUUGGAAGAUUUUGAGCAGAAGGAAGGAGAGCAGAAAUUAAAAGCCCUUUUAUCUGCUGCAAACUACCUCCAACUCUCUGAUCUGGCUGCUUUAUGUGAAAGCAGGCUCAGUCAAAAUGGGAUGAUCCAAAGUCGGUCAACUGGUGGGAAUUUUUCCCGUAAACCGAAGCUUUUAUCCCCUCUAACCCCUUUUCCUCCCGCAUCACCAAACUCACUCAGACUGGAGGACAAAGAACCUCUGUUAGACUAUGAGAUGUUAGUCUCUCAUAAGAAGAAAAAUCUUGAAAAUAGCCAGUGUAAUGUGAGCAACAAGCAGGAUGAUUUGGGGUUGGAUCUGUCAAAGAAAAGCAUCGAUGAUGUCAUGGCCCAGGAGCCCCCUCAGUCCUCCGGUGCAGUUGUGGGAAAUUGCAAAAUUGGCUCCGCCCCUUUAAGGUCAGAGGUCAAGAGUAAGCCACAGAAGGAGGAGGAGGAGGAGCUCCUCGCAGAUGGAAAUGUGAAAGAGAAGAACGUUUGUGAAAAAGAAUCUUCUAGAGAUGUUUAUAUGGUUAAUGGAUGCAGGGUAGCUAGUCACUCUACUCAGGGCUUCUUUUCCUCCUCAGAUCCAUGUAGAGAAGUGAAAGAUUAUGGGGGUAAAGGUUCAGAAGACCGAAAGCUGUGCAAAGCCAAAGUUAAUUAUGUUUAUCGCCGUGGGACUUUUCCGAAACCCUCACUGAACGACAACCUUUAUGUUUGCAUACCGUGUGGGAAAGGUUUUCCCACAGCAGAAAAACUCAACUCCCAUGUGCAGAGUCAUGUGGAUGAGGAUAUUCAUAUGAAAGAGGAAGAAGAGGAAGAGGGUGAUGAGGAAGAUGAAGUCAAGGAUCUUCCCUCCACAGCAUCCAAACCAGCUGUUGAAGUCUCUGAUCUGCGUCCAUUCCAAUGCACCAGCUGUUCAAGGUCCUAUAAAGACCCAGCCACCCUGCAGCAGCAUGAGAAGACUCACUGGCUUUGUCGCUCCUUCUCCUGUGAUAUUUGUGGAAAAAUGUUCACACAGCGUGGCACCAUGACACGCCACAUGCGUAGUCACCUCGGCCUCAAGCCAUUUGCAUGCGAGGAGUGCGGCAUGCGCUUCACAAGGCAGUACCGUUUAACGGAGCACAUGCGUGUGCACUCAGGAGAAAAACCAUACGAGUGUCAGAUCUGUGGAGGGAAGUUUACACAACAGCGAAACCUCAUCAGUCACUUACGAAUGCAUACCUCAUCAGCAUAGGGCGAGCCAAAGAAUUGUAGCACUGGAUUCACUUCAUGUCAGGCGAGAUAUUAGGU